AUGGGGCACGUCGAAAUACGGAAGCCACCGAAUUCAGGAUCCUUUUACUUCAAUUACAAGAAGACUUUUUGCAUCGUUUUAAUGGCAAUUGUUAAUGCUAAAAGUGAAUUUUUGAUGGUGGAUGUUGGAAAAAAUGGCCGAAACUCCGAUGCUGGAGUUUUUGGGCACACAACAUUUUCAAAAAUGUUAGAAAGCGGUUCGCUCCAUUUGCCAGAUGCUGAAGAACUUGUUACGGUUGAAGAAAAGUUGGCGUAUGUAUUCGUGGCAGACGAUGCUUUCCCAUUAAAAGAACAUAUAAUGAAGCCGUAUUCAGGUACACAAUUAUCUCCGCAAGAGCUGAAUUUCAACAAAUGCCUUAGCUCAUCAAGAGUUCGUGUAGAAAAUGCUUUUGGUAUUCUUGCUCACCGUUUCCAAGUUUUGGUAAAGCCCAUUAACUUGCGACCCGAAAAAGUGACAAAGAUAGUCUUGGCUUGUUGUUUUCUCCACAACUUUUUAAAACGAAAGAAUGGAACAGUUUAUGAAGCUUUAUCGUCCAACGAAGACGUUCUAAUAGGUCUGGAACUUACCACAUCAAGAAAUGCUACGACUAUCGCCAAAAACAUCCGCAACAAAUUAUGCGCGUAUAUAAACUCAAAUAUAUCAAACAUUUAA